AUGGCAAAUAGUGUAGACAAACAACAUCCUUGGUUUGAAAUUUGUCAUCCAUAUCCGACAGCUAAAUAUCAAGUAUUUAUUUUUCCAGCUGCUGGUCCCACAGGUUCAUAUUAUCGUGAAUGGGAUAGAGACUUUCCUGAACAUGAAUUUUCAAUAAUAAUUUAUCCAGGAAGAUCAAUUAGAUUUAAUGAUAAAUUAAUAACAGAUCUGAAAGAAUAUAUCAAACAAUUGGAUGAAGGACUUUUACCAUAUAUUAAUAAGGCAUGUUUUUUUAUUGGACAGGUUGGUAAAGAAGUAUUGCCAGAAACUCCAUUGAUGAUUCCAAUUAUUGUUUAUAUUGGAGAAAAAGAAGCAAAUGCUGAUGAAGAAUAUUUAAGCAAAUGGAAAGAAUUAACAACGUUAAAAAGUGCAGCUACAGGAAUAGGACGAGUUACUGCUCUUGAAUUAGCCAAACUACAAGCACGUAUUAUUGUCGGUAUACGUGGUCAAGAAAGAGCUGAACGUAUGGCUUACGAGUUAAGUAAAGAAUCUCAUGGGAAUGUUAUCGGUCAUCAUUUGGAUUUAAGUGAUUUAGCAAGUGUUAAAGCUUUUGCUGAAAAGAUCAACAAUGCUGAAGUUAACAAAAAACGUAAAGAACUGACUAAAGAUGAUUUGGAAAGUACUUUUGGAACUAAUCAUACUUAUUCAAUUGAAUGGACGAAUCAUCAAUGUGAGCAGCAUCAUACACAUUCUUCCUAA